AUGAACGCGUAUCCACCGGAUCUUCUCUCACACCAUUAUCCGGUGCUGAUACUUUCGGGAAUCGUCCCGCCUCUUGCAGGACCGAAAGGAAGAGUCGAACAUGCUGGAACAAGCGCUGCUACCAAUGCACCCCCUUCGCUCGUCCCUCCAACCACAGCGUACCCCCAACUUUGUGCGGACCUGAGGGCUCUAGUAGCUACUCGAGGUCGGGACACGCCUUGGGAUCCUGCAAGAGCCAAGAGCACAGCAUUCAAGACGCUUCUCGUGGAUAGCGUGAGUCGUUGUAUGUGCUGCAGAUAUUUCGCUGCGAUCAUCUGACAAGGAUGCUCCGCUAUCGCAGAAUCAUCGGCUGCCGGUUCGGAAGAGCCGUCCUUUGCCCCGAGGCCUGACCGCGCCGCCCUCACCCACCGAUCCAGACGAUGCUCAGUCGCGAGCUCACUCGGUGCUAGCAGCUCAGCCUGCACGAUCGCCCUUGAGCCCGGCGCAUCCAGCCUCGCCGCUUUGGCCUGAUGGCAUCAUGACGCCGCUUUGGCUCAGGAGGCAUCGAGAGCAGAGAGGCGCAGUGUGGGUGAUGGUGGCUGUGCUACCUACACUCUCGAACAAAGCUGCAUCCACCCAAAACACAGAGGAUCGCGCUACAGCGGAGCAUGAGCAGGUUGGGGUAGCUUCGGAUGCUCAGCAGCUGAAGGAAACUGACGAAGCUCUGAUCAAGGUCAUCGCUGAGAGGAAACGAACGAUGUCCGAGCGAGGAAUUAAGUUGACAGUAGUGCUCCUGACCGAGCGAGAAAUGCUAGGUGGGUCUUGCGACUCUUUCAAUUGCCUGCGACCAGCAUUUGACGACUGCUUGGCACCACAGAGUCCUCGACACUGGAACCUCGAUUAUCGCACAUCAGACGAUCUUCGUCGCUCGACUCCAAAGCGAGCCUCUUCGUCCUCACCCCAGUCGGCCGGUCCGAUCUGUCAGCUUUUCUCACCUCGCUACACAAUGCGCUACAUUCUAACGCGAUAGAUUACUACGCCGAGCAGGCCCGCCGCGUUCGCAGAAAGCGUUCGCGAUAUCCUCCAAAUACUUCUGCGGUCUUCGAUGCUAUGCGUGUGAUCAAAAGUGGCACGUCUGGCUCAGCGGAUCUUCCGACACCGCCUCUGAGUAAAGAUGGCUGGAUAGUGCGAAACGAAUACAAACUCGGCACCUUUCUGGAGUUGAGCGGCGAUGUCCCGACUGCACUGACCCAUUACGCGGCAGCAUACGCAGGUCUGCUAGAGCUUCUGAGGUCAACUGCAGCUCUGCCACCCCGCACAAAACGGUGGGCAGAAGCGAAAGUUUUGGCUGAUGCACUCAGCUUGAGGAUAUCAAGACUUUGCUUGUACGACGAUAGACCUGAUGACGCCUCUACACAGUUCGCCCAGCAUCUGGGUACCUUUGGGGAGCUGAGCGCGGGCUGGGGUAUGGGCGCAGAAAGCGCAGAGUGGUGGAGUUGGGUGGGAAAGCAGUGAGUUUGACACAUCCAACUUUCAGACACAUCGCAAGCCCGCUAGCUUGAGCGCUAAUUACCUCUUCGACCUCCAGAUAUCGUUUGAUGGGUGAUCUGACAGAUCUUUCCCUCCGAGCAUCUCAGCUGCCCGCCCUUCCACAAAUGGUGCCGCCCCUGCCGGCGCACCUCUCAAAAGUUCCGUUUGUGCCCCUUGCGCAAUCAAGAGGCCCAGCGGCGUGCUGGUACGCGGCAGGACUCUGCGCUGAAGAGCGGCGGCAACGCUUCAAACGCAUGAAUGAGGUCGAGUCAACAAGAGGGAGUGAUUUAGCCGCCGCUACCGGCGGCUGGAGCGUACUUGAACACGAGAAGAAGGUGGAUCACGCGGGACUGAUUGCGGAAGUGAGUGUCACAUGUGUCCGUGGCUGACUAGAGUGUCGCUGAUGCGGGAAGCUCCUCACGCCAUCAGGCCUUCCUACGCUCGGACGAACUCGCCAAGCGCGCUGGGUUCACUCAUACAGCUCCACUGCUUGCAGUCAAGAUUGCAGAGGCGCAGAGAUUUGCCGGUGCUUCCUCUCAAGCAGUCAAUUUUCUGGAAAGCGUGGUUGAGCAAUAUCCACGAGACGAACAUCACGCGCUUGUAGAGGUGCUCGAAGCUAUGGCCGAUGCUGCGUUGGAUAUGCAAGACACUCCCGCGCAGCUUCGUGCGCUCGUUGCACUUCUUAGUCCCGGGGUGCAGCUGGACCCUACAGCAGGAGCGGAGCGAGGUCAACGACUCGGAGCGCUUCUUUCGGGGCUGUCAAUGAAAGACGAUGCCAGCGAGGUGCCGCACCCGCAGCCUCAGCAAAUCCAGUCCGGAUCCAGCGAUGGGUUGUUCAGUGUCGAGGCAAGCUUCAUGAACCCACAAGCAGAUCUCGGCAGUUUUGCCCACUUUCAAGUGCGAAUUGCAGCGCCUCGAACAAGUUUCGUCGCUGGUGUACCAGUCGAGAGGCUUAUGCUUUGGUAUGACGAGCAAAAGCCGCCAAUAGUCCUCACACACGAUAGUAGCAUCGAUCAGACAUCUCAACCCACCUCCCAAGUGCUCAAGCUUGACGAGCCAAUUCGCGUGGACGACGGCCAGACCGACGAGUCGUCGGUGACUGCAGCGUGCGAUUUACGUUGGAGUCCAGGCUCGCUAAAAGUGAUACAGGGCAGCUUCAUCGCGCAGGAGACGCCACGGACAAUCCGAUUUUUACGCGCCCAGAUCAAUACACUUCCCACCAACACUGCCCUGCAGCUCCACUUCUCGUUCGCUGGACCGCAACAUUACUCUGAGCCUGCGCAACCCGUCUGGUACUCCGCUCUCUCGGGCCCUCGCGACUCGAGCGAAGGAGUCAAAGCGUCGUACGUGUACCUGGCUCAUGCGGAUGAUCCGGCGUCAGUCAUCUUUCGAAGGCGCCCACAUCGAGUCGACGUCAAGAUCGAUCAUCCCACAGUCGCGUUCUUGGACGACGCGACGCCCGUCGACGUGGCAGUCACGAAUCAGGACGAUGAGAGUCUCCAUUGCACCGUGGACGCUGUCAUAGCUCCUGCACCCGCGGGCACUAAUGCAGCUCUCAUCGCGCAGGCGACUAGAGACGUGCUCUUCGUUACGCCAGAGACAGCUCAGACUCAUGAGCGGAACGUGCGAGACAUGAGCCUGGGAAUACUUCAGCCACGCGAGACGAAGACUCAGCGUUUCUUUGUGCGCACUUGUGGACAUGCUGCUCACCGCUUCGUUGAUGUGUUCGUGCGCAGCAUUCCUCCGGCAAGCUUGGAAAGCGCAUCGCUUAGAUCUCCUGGAGGAACGCCUCAGCCUCACCCUCUCACAUUCGAGUCAUCACAUUCUGUAACUUUGGAUGCUCGAGCCAUGUUCACAUCGACUCAUGGCGCGGCCUGGCGUGAGCCUCGAGAUGCGCCACAAGAGCUCUCCAGGACGCCCACAAGAAACCACUUCCUCGAAGCCUCGGACUCUACCAUCGGAGACGAGUCGUCAGACGGAGGCGACUCUUUCAACGCAUUUCAAGUGGACUCGAAUACCUCGCAUAGCACAGUGGCGAACGUGACCUCUUGCCUGCACAUCCUUGGAGAACAGAAGAUUCUCAUCAGCUCUGUCGCUCUCGAGCUUGAUCCCGGCAGCACUCACUUGCGUUUGGACAAAUCCGAUAUCAGCGAGGCAGCUCAAACCAUCACGGACGACGAAUGGAGCGGUGGAGACCGAUGGGGCACAGUGCACGAGAUCGAGGUUCUGAAUCGCAGCGCCGCUGAAGUUUCGAAUGCACGGGCUGGACAUGAGGCGACCACCUCUUCUUGGUCACCGGAUGGUACCGUGAGGCCUACAGGUGUACUUGCAGUGGCUUGGAGACGGCUGGAUGCAGAUGAGGCGCCUACAAGCCGCCUGAACUUGACACGCCUGCCGAUACCUGCUUUGUUACCGCCUCACUUGACCGCAAGGCUGCUCGUUGCUUCGCCACCAGUAGCUCUACUGGACCAGCCUUUCGUGAUGCUCUUCACGGUGAGUGGCCAAUCUUCCCCCGACUUCGCAAGGGCUGAAUUGCUGACCCACUCCCCACGCUCUUGCGUGUAGGUCGUGAAUCCAAGUCCAACCUUGACUGCAGACGUCUUCGUCGGACUAGACUCUUCAGAGGUCUUCCUCCUCGCAGGCCCGCGCACCCUGAGUAUUCCUAAUCUGGUGCCUCGAAGCACGCGCAGCGUUCCGGUCAGAGUGGUUGCGCGAGCGGAAGGUCGGUUCGUCCUUCCUCGCGUCAGGGCAUGGGAUAGAAGACCUCGAUUCUACCCAGCGAGCACCAAAGCAGCAACAAAGCUUGGACAUGCUGCGUCUGCCUCGAUUGUCUCUCAAGCCUCUGCAAAUGCUGCGCCGACCUCCGCGAACAAUGCACGGGGGUCGGAUGAAUAUGGGUCGCCUUCUCCUUCCUCUAUCCCCAGGGAGAUGGGCGGGGAGGAAGUAGGAGCACAAGCCAUAGUGAUGAACGAGCGCGCCGGAUUCGGAAUCCCUCUCAAGGUCAAGUGGCGGCCCUCGACUGGUUCUGGUAUCUCUAGCGGCGGUCAAAGGGCCUUGAAAGCGGAGCACCAGAACGGCGGCCUGGCCUCCGUCCUUUCGCCCUCGCAGCUCGCUGCCGAACAGAGUGGCACUGCGCUCAGUAUACUAGUACAUCGUCAGGUUGCUUAA